ACAUCAGUUUCUUACAAGCAGCGGCAGGGACAGUUUGGUUUUUUGAGACUUCUACGCUGCUUACUACCUUCCGUUUUAUUAAAUUUGCAUUUGGUUCAACGAUUUUAAAAAGGCAUCAAUUAUGUGAAUCUGAGAUACUUGCCAAUAAAGCAGUAUUCCUGCCAAAAUGGUCUGGGUUACCAUCCACGAUCAGAUGGCUGGAAAGCCGAACACACAAGCUUUAUACGCUCAAAGCCAGUUAGAUCAUAUGUGCGCUCUGGACAUUGAAAAUCAUGGGUCGUUUGUACGUCUUUCCGGAAUUAUUUGCACGAUCGGACCGGCCUCUAGAUCCGUCGAAACUCUCGAGAAGAUGAUCGAAACUGGUAUGAACAUCGCUCGAUUGAAUUUCUCCCAUGGAUCUCACGAUUACCACGCCGAGACUAUUCGUAAUGUGCGACAAGCACAGAAGAAUCUUUCCAGCCGUACUGGCAUUAAUGUUCCUGUAGCAGUUGCUCUUGACACCAAAGGUCCUGAAAUUCGUACUGGACUCUUGGAAGGCGGUGGAUCUGCUGAAGUGGAGUUAGUUAAGGAUCAAACUUUCAAACUGGCUACCGAUAAAUCGUUCAUGGAGAAAGGCAAUGCAAGCGUUGUCUUCGUGGAUUACGAAAACAUUUCCAAAGUAUUGAAAGUUGGAAAUCGUGUUUUCGUUGACGAUGGUUUGAUCUCCCUCAUUGUUACCUCAGUUAGUCCGGAUACGAUUGUGACUACUGUUGAAAACGGUGGAAUGUUAGGUUCCCGUAAAGGUGUCAAUUUACCUGGUGCUCCAGUAGAUCUACCAGCAGUCUCUGAAAAAGAUAAAUCUGAUUUGAAGUUUGGCGUUGAGCAAGAAGUCGAUAUGAUCUUCGCUUCGUUCAUAAGAGACGCCACAGCUUUAGCAGAGAUUCGAGGAAUCCUUGGUGAAAAGGGCAAGAACAUUAAAAUUAUAUCUAAAAUUGAAAAUCAACAAGGUAUGACAAACCUUGACGCGAUUAUCGAUGCUUCUGAUGGCAUUAUGGUAGCCCGUGGUGAUCUUGGUAUUGAGAUUCCGCCAGAAAAAGUAUUCCUGGCGCAGAAAUCUAUGAUUAGCAGAUGCAAUAAAGUUGGAAAACCUGUAAUCUGUGCUACACAGAUGCUUGAGUCUAUGGUGAAGAAACCACGUGCAACUAGAGCUGAAACAUCAGAUGUCGCAAACGCUAUCCUUGAUGGUGCAGAUUGUGUCAUGUUGUCAGGUGAAACUGCCAAAGGAGAUUAUCCACUGGAAUGCGUGCGUACAAUGGCUAACAUCUGUAAAGAAGCGGAAGCUGCUAUUUGGCAAACAGAGACCUUCCGUGAUCUGUCAAGCAAAGCGAUACCUCCAAUUGAUGCUACACAUGCCAUAGGAAUUGCUGCUGUAGAAGUGUCUGUGAAGUGUUUAGCUAGUGCUAUUAUAGUUGUUACAACCACUGGUCGCUCUGCACACUUAGUCGCAAAAUAUAGACCACGCUGUCCAAUUAUUGCAGUAACCAGAUUCCACCAAGUUGCACGACAAGCGCAUCUGUACCGUGGUAUUUUGCCGCUUUAUUAUGAAGAGGCACCAUUGGCUGAUUGGGUGAAGGACGUUGAUGCGCGUGUUCAGUUUGGAUUGAAAUUCGGCAAAAGUCGUGGAUUUGUUAAAGCUGGAGAUGCAGUCGUAGUGAUCACUGGAUGGAGACAAGGCUCAGGAUUUACAAAUACACUUCGUAUUGUGACGGUUGAAUAAACAUACUGGCUGGAUUGUAAAGAGCAGGAAACAUUAACUAACUGUAGAUUUUGAAAAUUCAGUAUGUAUGUAACUUAUAUUGUAUGAUGAUGUAUGAUGAAUUUAGUAAAUUCAUUGAAAGGGUAACAAUUUGAAGAUGCCAGUAGCUGCAGUAUUAUUGCCAUUACAACGUACCUAUACAAAUAC